AUGAGUGUUCAGCAACGCCACAAGCGCAAAGCACGGCGUCCCUCAGAAGAGGUGCCGGACUCGGACGGGCCGUUUUAUUCGGCUGAAGGCGAGGACGACGUCCUAGUCCAUGAGGAGGUAGACUCUGAGGAAGACGCGCGCAAGGCAGCCAAGAGGGCGUCUGGCAAGCGGCAGCGCG